ACUUGUAGUCUCCCCUGCAUGAACACGAUCUCACUUCUCCCAUAUCCGACCAAAUAACCUAACCUAAACCCCCAAAAUCCAAAUCACCACAUAUUCAAACACAUCACUCCCACUUCAACCGCCAAGAGCAACCCUCGUCAUUACCCUAAUUUUCUACCACAUUUUUCCAAGAUGAUGAGGUGGGAGAAAUUGGACACACACAACGGAGGCCCCGGCAAGAGAUGGGGCCACACCUGCAACGCCGUUCGCGGUGGUCAACUCCUCUACAUCUUCGGUGGUUACAGUCAACAUAACACCCAGACCAAUAAGGUUCACGUUUACGACACCACUGCAAGAACUUGGAGUGAACCCGAUAUGCAAGGUACACUGCCUGUGCCUCGAGAUAGCCACAGCUGCACGACGGUUGGUGAUAAGUUGUUUGUAUUCGGGGGCACCGAUGGGAACAUAUCGCUCAAAGAUUUGCAUGUUUUGGACACCUCCACGAAUACAUGGAUGACGCCGUGUGUAAGAGGGGAGGGUCCAGAAGCUCGGGAAGGACACAGUGCUGCGGUUGUUGGGAAAAGACUCUUUAUAUUUGGGGGGUGCGGGAAAUCUUCUGAUACUCCUGUUGAAGAGUAUUUUGAUGAUUUAUACAUAUUGAAUACAGAGACAAUGGUAUGGAAACGAGUGGCAACAACGGGAAUUCCACCAGCCAAGCGUAACAGUCAUACUUGUGUUUCAUGGAAAAACAAGAUUAUUGUAAUUGGCGGGGAAGAUACCCAGAACUAUUAUAUGUCCGAUGUUCAGAUGCUUGAUACAGAUACGCUUACCUGGACAAAGUUGAUAACCAAUGGCGAGCUAUUGCCACCUAGAGCUGGUCAUACAACCGUUGCAUUGGGCAAGAACUUGCUUGUGUUUGGAGGUUUUACUGACGCUGAAGAUCUUUAUGAUGACUUGUAUAUGUUUGAUCUUGAAACGUUUAGAUGGACCAAGGUUAUUACUUUAGGAGUGGGCCCAUCUGCCAGAUUUUCUAUGGCAGGAAGCACUUUGCAUCCGCAGCAUGGAGGCGUUCUUAUAUUCAUGGGCGGCUGCAAUAAGAGUCUCGAGGCACUUGAUGACAUGUUCUACCUACACACAGGGCUUGUAAUUGAAAAUGAGCGAGAUGAAAGAAAACCGGAGAAGUUAUCUUUAAGGAAGCAGUUGAGAUUAAAAAGUCAAGAACAGCAAACUUUGAAUCCUGCGUGUGAGAGUCCAGUGUUCGGCAUGGAGACAAGUUUUAAUGAUAGUAAACGACCAAUGACCGUGCCAACUCAUACUCAAGUUCCGGACAGAAUGAAUAUUUAUUUAAAUAAUAAUCAUAAUGCAAAUGGGAAGAGAACAUUUCAUGCAAAGGUCACAAAAAGCAUCACAAAUUGCUAUACAAUUGAGACGGUUAUAGAUGGGAAGCCUCUGCGUGGAGUUCUAUUCUCUAACAACUUCGGCUCCAAAAAGUCAGCUGAUGAUUUAAGAAGGAAAAGAGUUGCAGUUGACAGUGGGAAAAAGGAUUUUGAGCAACUUAUGGCAGAUACCACAAGAAGUUCUGAACAGCAGACUCCAGGUGCCACCUCAGCUGCUUCAGAUAUGAAGACUCCAGCAGCUUCUAAUGUGUCUCCAUUACAUGAGCAGGUUUCAGUAGAUAAAAAGUCGUCUAUGGAAUUUAACAAGAUGAAUACAUCAGCUGCAGCAGCCGAAGACACUGCCAAUUCAUUUCAUAACCAUGAAGGUCAAUAUCAACCCUUGACUACUGAAGAACAUGGUCUACAAGGGACUCCUCUGACACAGCAAGUAUGAUUCUGUAUCCGGAAUUGAUCAAGCCAUGUUUUAUAAGGUUAUCAUUGAAGUUGCCAACGAGUCAUGGUCAGUAAACAAACACCAACUUCUCUAACCCUGUGUGCAGUCUCUAUGUUGGGCUUGUCUAGGUUCCUUCAUUACUUGAGCUUAAUGGCAGCAGUUUAUUUGCAUUUUUAUCUUACCCCCCCCUGAUAUCGAAACCCAUGAGGCGCCAUCAGACUAAGCUCACCGCUAUACAUAAAAAAUGUAGACUUUAAUUUUCUAGCUAAGUCUUGUCAUAGGAUCACCUAUCAAAUUCUUGUUUUUGUUACCGCAUCGAACAGUUUGUUGAGCUUGAUCGAUAUUUACAUGAAAAUCUCUAGCCUCCGAGGCUAUGGAAUUCCUAAACAGGGGGUCAUGAA